AGACAAGAUUGGCAGUGCUGGAAAGAGAGGGAGAGGGAGAGAGAGAGAGAGAGAGAGAGAGAGAGAGAGAGAGAGAGAGGGAGAGAGAGAGAGAGGGAGAUAGAAAGAGAGAGAAAGAAGGAGAGAGAGAGAGAGAGAGAGAGAGCGAGAGAGAGAGAGAUAGAGAGAGAGAGAAAGGAGGGAGAGAGAGAGAGAAAGAGAGAGAGAGAGAGAGGGAGAGAGAGAGAGAGAGCGAGAGUGAGAGAGAGAGAGAGAGGGAGAGAGAGAGAGAGAGAGAGAGAGAGAGAGAGAGAGAGAGAGAGAGAGAGAGAGAGAGAGAGAGAGAGAGAGAGAGAGAGAGAGAGAGAGUGUAAGGAAAUUCCCUUUUCCUUAC